UCAAGGGAACCCACCAACCAAGCAGAAGAAACCCAGAGUAAAGGGGCAAAAUAUCAGUAUAAAACUGAGGGAAAGAGAAGAGGCAAAAGUAGGCCAAGUUAAUGUUAUAAAGGGUAGGGUUUUGGUAGAUUCUUCAGCCUCCUGAGCGUGCAAUAGGGAGAUGACACCUGCAGGUGUAUUUGUUCGUAUUGAUAGAGUGAGUUUGUGAAGGUACAUCACACCACACCACAUUGUUUCAGCAGUUUUGCAAAAUCUCAUGGCACUUUUUUCAAGGAAUAUGAUGUGGAGAGAGCAAAAUGAAGGGUGUGUCUAUCAUAUUUCAUUUCCUUUUCUCUUUCUUUUAUCCAUUUGUAUGUGAGUUUCUGCAAGCUACUCAGAGACAAAACCAGCAAUGAACCCAACACAGGAGUACUCAUAUUAACUGCACACUGCAAGCCAUCAUUUGACAGGAACCAAGAAGCUUUCACAGCCUAUGAACUUUGCAGAAAUACCCAUAAAAAAACUAGCACCUCCCAAGAACAACGUACCCUCCACCUCUCUGUCUUUCAAGCUUUCAAGAACAAUGAAUUCAAGUCCAAAGACCUGCACCACCUCUCCUUUCACACCAACUCAAUGGCAAGAACUAGAACACCAAGCUUUGAUCUUCAAAUACAUGGUUUCAGGAGUACCAAUCCCUCCUGAUCUAAUCUUCUCUGUGAAAAGAAGCUUGGAUUCCUCCCUUUCUGCAAGACUUUUCCCUCACCAACCCAUUGGGUGGGGGUGUUUUGAGAUGGGUUUUGGCAGAAAAACAGACCCAGAACCAGGAAGGUGCAGAAGAACAGAUGGCAAAAAAUGGAGAUGCUCAAAAGAAGCUUUUCCAGACUCCAAAUACUGCGAGAAACACAUGCAUAGAGGCAGAAAUCGUUCAAGAAAGCCUGUGGAAAUCUCUUCUUCCUCUUCUUCUUCUUCUUCUUCAUCUUCAAUGACCUGUGAAACUCAAUCAUAUCACCAAGCUCCUCCUCCUGCUGCUGCUGCUUAUCAUGAAUCCUCCAUUCAUCCAUUUAUGUAUACUCAAUCUUCCUCCUCCAGACCUCCCUGCUCUGAUUUCCCUUCAAAUAAUACAAACCCUCAACUCUUUUUGUACUCAGGGACUCAUUCUCAAGCUGAUAAAGAUUACAGGGAUAUUAAUGGUUCAAGAGAGGGCGUUGGCGUGCAGGCUUUCUUUCCCUCGGUUGCUGAGGUUUAUAAUAAUCAGCAGCCAAUAGCGAUGGAUUCUUACAAAGGAUGCUCCCAAUUUGUUACUCAAAGCCACCAAAUUUACAAUUCUAAACAGGCAAGGCAAGAACAAGAGCAACACUGCUUUGUUUUGGGCACAGAUUUCAAUAAAUCGUCAAAAUCAGCUAAAGCAGAGGAAGAAGAACAAGAACAAGAACAAGAUGGUGAAACCCAGAAGCCGCUACUCCAUUUCUUUGAGGAUUGCCCACCAAAAAACUCGGAUUCCUGGCUUGAUUUAGCCUCAAAUUCAAGUAUACAAAAUGGAAAUUUUAUUGGGUUAUGAAUACCUUUAGUUCUUCAGCUGUAAUCUGACAGUUUCCUUCUCACUUCACCUCUGUUUUUUUUUUUCCUCUGUUUCUGUCUCUCUGUGCAGAUGGUUAAAGAAUCAAUAAUGGAGUUUUGGGUUAUGGCCAAAAGAGUACUUGUCAGUGAGUGAAGUACCGUCUUAGUUUGUGGUCAGGGAAGCUUUUCUUUUGCUAAAGUUUUGAAUGUAAACUGCAGGAUUUUCAAGAGAGGUUUCCUGUCCUUUGCUUUAUUUUAUUUAAUAUUUUAUUUUUUACACUUCGCUGUCGUUUUCUGUAAGAAACAUGUUUCAAAGUAUGCAGCCUUGCUAGUUUGGUUGGAACAAACAACCAGGAAAUUUGCUAGAUUCUCUUCUAACUUCAUAGCUAAAUGCACUUUCAUUUUCCUGA